AUGUCUCCUUUAAGGAGGUCCUUGUACUGGAGGCACAGCGAAGGGGAGGCAGCAAGGAGGAAGGCCUGUGCGAGGGUCGGUGCUGCUGAUGAAGUGGCGCAGCGCCUGCAGCAACAGCAACAGCAACAGCAGCAGCAACCGCAGCAAAAGCAGCAGCUGCAGCACCAGCAGGAAGAGCAGCAACAGCAACAGCAGCAGCAUCCGGAGCACGAGCAGCAGCAACAGCAGCACCAUCACGCAGAGCAGCAGCAGCAGCAUCCGGAGCAGCAGCAACAACCACAGCAGCAGCAGCAGCAGCACCAGCAACAACCACAGCAGCAGCAGCAGCAACACCAGCAACAACAACAGCAACAGCAGCAGCAGCACCAGCAACAAAAACAGCAACAACAACAGCAACAACAGCAACAACAACAGCAACAGCACCAGCAACAACAACAGCAACAGCAGCAGCACCAGCAACAAAAACAGCAACAACAACAGCAACAACAGCAACACCACCACCACCAGCAGCAACAGCAGCAGCAGCAGCAGCAGCAGCAGCUUACCUUGGAAGCAGGGGUGUGGGGCUGCUGA